GAGGGAGGCGGUUCACCGGAAGUGUGUACAACAUGGCGGAUGUUUGAAUCAUUUGGAUCCGUGGACUAUUUCCAAAAACAUGGAUGUAAAAUAAACUUCCCGUAAACUUUAUUAUUUUAAAUGUUUUUAAUAGUUUUACUGAAGAGUGACGACGCAGUUUUGUGACAUGAUGCCAACGACGAACAGAAGGAAACAGAAGCAGGGCAAAGACACGGCGGUUCAGGGAACCAAUGACAGCAGCGUGGUGAGUAAAGUGUCUGCGGCGGCGCGGGGAUAUUUCCACGACCACUUCAUCCAGCACUUUGUGUGCAAAGUGUCCAGGAGAGCACCGCUCAUCAACAGAGGCUACUACGUGCGUUGGAGAGCUGUGGAUCACUGUGUGAGGAGGUUUCUGCACGUGACUGAAAACUGUCCUCAGAGACAGAUUUUGUCUCUGGGCGCCGGCUUCGACUCGCUGUAUUUCCGCCUGCAUGCGGACGGAGCGCUCGCCAGCACUGUCGUGUUUGAGGUGGAUUUCCCGGACGUCGCGCGGCGUAAAGCAGCUCUGAUCACGUCUAAUGCUUCACUGAGGGAGACGUUAGACCCACAGUUAUCUUCUCCUACAGGAGCUGUGUACGUGUGUAGUGCUCAGUAUCGUCUGCUGGGUCUGGACAUCAGAGAGGAGUCUCAGGUGAAAGAGGCUCUGGGCUCAGCAGGACUGGACUGGGCCGUGCCCACACUGAUUCUCUCUGAGGUCGUUCUCACUUACAUGGAAACAAAAUGGUCAGACGUCGUCGUCAGUUGGGCAGCGAAGCUGCUGCCUCACUCGCUCUUCGUCAUGUACGAGCAAAUCCGUCCAUGCGACCCCUUUGGCUCGAUCAUGCAGGAUCAUUUCAACAAACUGAAUUCAACACUUCACGCGCUGCGACAGUAUCCGGACGCGGCCACACAGACACGCAGGUUCCUGGACAAGGGAUGGGAACAGUGUGUGUGUCUGGACAUGAAUGACUUCUACUUGAGGCUGGUUCCUGAGGAGGAGCGGCGCAGAGUCGAUGUCCUGGAGCCUUUUGAUGAAUAUGAGGAGUGGCACCAAAAAUGUUCCCACUACUUCAUCCUCACUGCGUCUCGAGGCUCGUGCACGGCUCAGGCUCUCCUCACAAAUCCUCCAGCGGCAGCUGUACAGCCGUCCCAGGGGGUGGCCGUGCUGGGUGUGAGCGCAGUGUCGGUUAGCGUGGAGGGUCUGGGGAUGGCGUCCGCGUCUCUGAGCCCAGGACGCCUCCUGCUGACAGGAGGCUCCAGCAGAGGAGGCAGAGGAGCAGCGAGUCGACUCCUCCUCAGAGACCGAGGAGACUGGAGGUCCGUCAGUGUGGAGCCGUCACAGGAUUUAGGUGUGCGACUCUACCACACGGUCACGUCUCUUCCUGGUGGAGGUCUGGUGGUUUAUGGCGGUCGCUCCUCUCCUCUCAACCCAAUCACAGGCCUUUUUAAAAUCACCCUGGACCCCUGUGAUCGCCCUCCUCCUGCAGAAUCUGAAUCUGAAGACCGAAAUGUCGUGAAGCUCUGUGUUGAGCAGAUGCUCUUUUCGGACGACAGUGCGCUGCCGCCGCAAAGAUGGCGGCACACCGCUACGAUCAUCAGUCACAAAGGAGAAGAUUUUCUGUUUGUCUUUGGGGGAAAGAAUCAAUGUGAGGCUGCUCUGAGCGACGCCCACUUCCUGUGUGUCGACCAGCAGCACUGGACCGAGAUUCCAGUAGAGGGCGCUGCUCCUGCGGCACGUCACUCCCAUUCGGCGAGUUCAUAUCAGGGAGGUGUGGUGGUGUUUGGAGGACUGGACAGAAGCUCGGUGCCUCUGGGGGACGUGGUCUUGUUAAGGCCCACAGACGGAGGGUUCAUCUGGGAGAGAAUAGAGGUGCAGCCUCCUCCUGUCCCCAGAUACUCUCACUCCGCCCAUGUGAUUGGAGAUCAGCUGGUGUUGGUGGGCGGAGUCUGGCUGCAUUCAGAUGGCGUCCCAGGUGUGGCCAUAAUCGACCUCGCCACACGGGGCAGCGUGGAAUUCCGUCUGGACACGACGUCGGUGCCGUGGCCUCUGAUGCUUCACUCCUUCUGCUGUGAGCUGACGGACUCGGAAGAACCUGAGCUGAUCCUCAUCGGAGGCGGAGGAAACUGUUUCUCCUUCGGGACUCAUCUGAACCCUCAGCCGGUCACCGUGGACCUCAGACCUGCACUGACUUGACACUUCCUCACAACAGUUUGCUCUGAAAUUCCUUCAGGGACAUUUGAAAGGAUGAAGUAGACAAAUUAAAUUAAAACAAAACUCUUUUCUAACUUAUCUGUUUUCUGUACUCGGUAGUAUGGAUAAUCUGUUUGGUUCCAUUAGAAGUACAGCUCCACAAAGCAGAACUCUAUUUCUCUCCAAGAUCUGAAAGGUUAUUAUGGAAUUAUUGAUCAAAAACGCCAGCUUGAAGGACUCAGUAAUGCUCUGAAAUCAUGUCAUUGUCAAAUGUUCUUUGAGAACUGAUGCUGAACAGACAUUAAAAUAAUCAAAACAAA